AUGACGCAGAGUAAACCGGCAAAAAAGACUACAAAGACUGCAAAGUCUGGUGCUGAGGGAGGCAAGAAAGCUCCUGCUUCUGCCAAUGCCUCCAAAGGAGCAGGAGCUGCAAAAGCAGCUAAAGCCCCUGCUGGUGACAAGGGCAAAGCCCCUGCAGACAAGGCCAAGGCCCCAGCAGCUGGAAAAAAGGCUCCAGAGAAGGCUGCCAAAGCACCAGCAGCUGAGAAGACCCCCAAACCAGCGGGAGAGAAGGCAGCAAAACGGCCAGCGGCAGAGAAGGCAGCCGGAGGAGAAAAACCAGCAAAACGGCCUGCAGUAGAGAAAGGUGACAAAGCAGAAAAGCCAAAGGCCCCAAACCUAAAACUACAGCUGGAGCAAAAGCUAAAGGAGCUGUGGCGGGUAAAGCCAAGGGCAAAGCUGCUGGCAAAGGAGGUAAACGUGUGA